AUGCAUAUCAAGAGGAUUGCGUUGCAGGGUUUCAAGACCUAUAAGGAGGCAACAGUGAUUGAUCUUCUUUCUCCUAAUACUAAUGUGGUUGUGGGAAGAAAUGGCUCAGGGAAGUCGAAUUUCUUUGCAGCGAUCAGAUUCGUCUUGUCUGACGCUUAUACUCAAAUGUCUAGAGAGGAGCGCCAGGGGCUCAUUCAUGAGGGCUCAGGAACUGUCAUGUCAGCGUAUGUGGAAAUUGUGUUUGAUAAUACUGAUCGCCGAUUCCCAAUUGAGAAGGACGAAAUUGUGAUUAGAAGAACCAUUGGGUUAAAGAAGGAUGAUUAUUCCAUUAAUCAUAGGUCAGCCCAAAGAUCAGACAUCAUGAAUUUACUUGAAAGCGCGGGGUUUUCCAGAUCUAAUCCGUAUUAUAUUGUUCCUCAGGGCCGUAUUACUGCCUUGACCAACGCAAAAGAUUCUGAAAGAUUGCAAUUGUUAAAGGAGGUUGCUGGUGCCCAGGUGUUUGAGCAAAAAUUGAAACAAUCGUUGAAAGAAAUGGAGGCAUCCAACAAACAAAGAGAGAAAAUAGAUGAAAUGCUUUCGUUCAUUGAAGAAAGAUUAGAUGAUUUGAAUUCUGAAAAAGAGGAAUUGAAGAAAUUUCAAGAAUUUGAAAGAGAAAAGAAAUUCCUUGAAUAUACGCUUUAUGAUCGCGAGAUGAAGGAAAUCGAUGAACAAAUCGAGUCAAUCGAUUCUCAGCAUACCAAGGAUAUCGAUGAUAAUACUGAUGAGGUGAUUGAAUUAGAAAAAAGAGAAGCACAAACUUUACAAAUCGAGGAAUUAUUGAGUGAGUUGAAGUCGAGGUUGAGUGUUUUGAAAGUUGAUAAAAAUCAAUGUGAUUCUGAUUUGAAUGACUUAUUAGUAGAGCUUGCGAAGCAAGAGGAAAUCGUUGCAGAAUUGAAAAAUGAGGCUACAAGUAUCCGCAAAGAGGUAAGUUCCGAAAAUAACGAAUUGAAACAACUUCAAUCCGAAAUCCAAGAAAAUGAGUCCAAAUUAUCUGAAGAAGCUCCAGUUUUAAAGCUGCUUAAAGACACGGAAAAGCUUCUAAAGGAUCAAUUGAAUGAAUUAACUGGAAGGCAGAGAACCUUGUAUUCCAAAGAAGGUAGAAAAUCACAAUUCAGGAGUCGACAGGAUAGAGAUAACUGGUUGGGAGAAAAUAUCAAACAGAUGGAAAGCAGAAUUAAGGAGAAGAAAACUGAUUUAGACUCAUCUAAAUCGCAACAUGAGCAAUUAGCUCAACAAGUGAAGGAGGUUGAUAUAGAGAUUUCCAAAAUCCAAGAUAUCUUGACCGGGGAAGAUUCUAAGAAAGAGACGACUGAAAUAUUCAAGAAUGUAACUGAUGCUAAAAAGCAAUAUUCAGAUUUGAUUGACGAAAGAAAGCAGUUAUGGAGAAAUGAGGCAAGACAAAGAGCCAUAAUUGAUUCUGCUUUUGAGGAACUCCAGAAAGCCAAUGGGUACGUCGCAGAAACAAUGGAUAGAACUCAAAGUACUGGUCUUGAAUCUGUCAAACGUAUUGCAGAAAGAUUGGGAUUAGUUGGUGUUUAUGGUCCUUUGGGAGAGUUAAUUGAAGUUAACCAAAAAUACAAGACCGCUGCUGAAGUGAUCGCUGGAAAUUCGUUGUUUCAUGUUGUUGUUGAUAAUGAUAACACUGCUUCCACAAUUAUGGAGGAAUUAGUUAGAGAGAAAUCUGGUAGAGUUACCUUUAUGCCAUUGAACAGACUUUCCCCAAAAAAUCAGGUUUAUCCAGCGCGUAAAGACUGUGUCCCAUUGAUUCAAAAAAUGGCAUUUGAUGAAACCUACCAAGCGGCUGUUAAUCAAGUUUAUGGUAAAGCUGUUGUUACAAUUUCAUUGGAUGUUGGGUCUCAAAUAGCUCGUGAAUAUAAGCUCACUGCAAUCACUUUGGAUGGCGAUAGGGCUGACAAAAAGGGUGUGUUGACUGGUGGUUAUAGAGAUCAUAAGAGAUCUAGAAUCGACUCUUUAUCUAUCCAGCGCAGAAGAAAGCACGAAUAUGAUGAAGCCAAAUCUGUUCUACAUGAAUUGAAGAGAAAAAUCGAGGCUAUUGACCAAAAGAUCACUGCCGCCAAUUCUAGCGUUAGUAACGCUCAAAGAAAAUACGAUAUUUUGAUGCUUUCAAAAGAACCUCUCAGAGUUAAACUAUUGAAACUUCAAAACGACAAAUUAAAUUACCAACAAGAAAUCAGAUCUAUUAUUUCCAUUAUAGAAUCUGAUGAACGGAUCAUUAGUCAGUAUGAGUUACAAAACCAAAGUUAUAAAGAUGAAUUAGAGAGUGACUUCCAAAAGGGACUAACCAGUAAUGAGAUCAAUGAAUUACAAACCGUUAGUAUGAAGAUUGUUAAGCUUGAGAAGGAAUCUAGCGAGGCUGCCUUAUUGUUGACCAAAAAGGAGUUGGAAUUAUCGUCAAUUGAAUCAGAAUUGAAAGAGAAAUUGUAUCCUAGACGUGAUCAAUUAUCAUCAAGAGUUGAAGUUUUCAAGGAUGAAAUCUCUGAAAGCAACCAAAGGCAAGCUCAAGACAAAUUGAAAAAUAUUGAAACUGAAGUAGAAGAAUUGACAUCUAAGGGUGAGAAAUUGAACAAGGAACUCGAAGAAAUUUCUACUGAUCUUGAAUCCAAAAAUAGAGCUUUAGAUAAGAUUAACGAUGAUAAGAAAAAAUUUAGCAAAAAAUUAUCUAGCUUCCAGAAAACAGCAGAAAAAAAUAUUUCCAAAAAAUCGUUAUUAGUGAACCGUCGUGAAGAUGUUCUGAAGAAGAUUAGAGAAUUGGGUGUUUUACCGGAGGAAGCUUUUACCAAAUUCAUCGGGUUGGAUGCUGAAAAGUUAUUAAGAAAUUUGAAUUCGGUCAAUAAGAAGUUAACCAAAUAUGAUCAUAUCAAUAGAAAAGCCCUAGAGCAAUAUCUAAACUUUUCCAAACAGCAUGAUGAAUUGGUUGAAAGACGCAAAGAAUCUGACAAAUCCAAAGAGUCUAUCGAAAACUUGAUCCAAGUCUUGGAAAAACGGAAAAAUAAUGCCAUCACUAGAACUUUCAAGAAUUUGUCAGAAGGUUUCUCAGAGAUAUUUGAAAAAUUGGUUCCUGCUGGUGUUGGUAAAUUAAUAAUGCAAAAUAAAGAUGACACUGCAGACCAAGUCACGUUGAUGACGCAAAAUAAUAGGGACGAGGAUGACGAUGAAAUUAUGACCGAUGCUUUUGAUAAUGAUGACUCAAGUAUUGAUAAUUAUAGCGGAAUUUCUAUUCAAGUUUCUUUCAAUUCAAAAUCUGAUGAGCAACAACGUAUAGAGCAAUUAUCAGGAGGUCAAAAGUCUUUGUGUGCUAUAGCUUUGAUUUUGGCCAUCCAAAAAUGUGAUCCUGCUCCCUUCUAUUUAUUUGAUGAAAUCGAUGCCAAUUUGGAUACUCAGUAUCGUACCGACGUUGCUGCUUUGAUUCACAAAUUGUCUGCAAAUGCUCAAUUUAUUUGCACCACUUUCAGACCAGAACUUUUGAAUAUUGCUAAUAAGUAUUACGGUAUUAUGUAUAACAAGAAGAUAUCGAAAGUUAGUGAGAUAAACAAGGAAGAGGCAAUGUCUUUCAUUGAAGAUCAGCAGCAACAAGCUUCUUAG